GAGGAAUUCAUGAACCGGGAAGUCUUGGAAUAUGAGAUCGGGAAGAGGCAUCUGGCAAACAUGAUGGGGGAAGAUGUGGAGAAUUUCACACAGGUAGAUGUGGAUCGGGCUAUUGAGUACCUGUUUCCCUCAGGGCUGUUUGAGAAGAAAGCCCGGCCUCUUAUGCGCCACCCCGAAGAAGUGUUCCCUCGGAGGAAAGCUGCCGAGUUUGAUGUGAGCGGCCGACCCUUCCACUCCUUGUUCUACACAGCUAGUCCCAAGUUUUAUGGCAUUCUGCAUGAUGCUGUCACCUACAUGAAGGACUGCAAUGAUCACGAGGAUGAGAUGAUCAAGAGGAGUUUAUAUGAGAAAGCCAUGCUGGAAGCAAAAGAAAAUAUGGAACUGAGAGGGACAGAAUGGAUGAGUAAGGAAGAUCUUGAAGUGUCUCUAAUUGAGAAGGUGACGGAUGUGCAGUAUGAAGAGUUUGUGCGGGUCAUGGAAAGAUUGGCUGUGCAUCCAAUGGCUGGAUCUAAGGCAAAAGACUUCAUCAUGAAGCACCGGAAGCCCAUCAUCAGUGAGGCACUGAAGUGGGACAUUCCUGAGAUUCAGUAUGACAAGGAUGGGAAUCCAUUCAGUGAAGCAGAGGGUAAAAGAAAAUGGGCCUUUGCCAAGGUGAGGUUAUAUCAACAUGGCAGUGGGAAGUUUGUCAUCAAUGGCACCCAUGGCAUUGACUUUUUUGAUGGCAAGCAAGAACGUGAACAAGUCCUCUUCCCACUGCACUUCACACUUCACAAAUUCUUGCUGUUCCUUAAUGAAGCAAGGAAUUCCAAGACACCUGAAAAACUUGCCAAAAACUACACCCGAAACCUCCCUGACCUCUGCCUGAUGAUCGAUUCCCUUUGUGCUAUCUCAGUUGACAAAGAACUUGUUAACCUUUAA